CAAUCGCUCAGUAGCCAGAGAUUCUUCAACUGUAAACAAAGAAGAAUCGAAGAUGCUCGACACUGUGAAGUACCUUAUCGGCGCAGCUGGCGCCAGUGGCUACGGCUCUAAGUCCACCGCCGAGGAAGUCACCGACAACUGUCCUGAUUUGCGAUCCAUUACCGUCAUCAUUACCGGCGCCACGUCAGGGAUAGGAGCCGAGACGGCUCGGGUGUUGGCCAAGCGAGGCGCGAGACUGGUGCUACCGGCUCGGAGUCUCAAAGCUGCUGAGGAGGCCAAGGCGCGUAUCACGUCCGAGUGUCCCGGUUCGGAGAUUGUUGUUAUGGCUCUUGAUCUUAGCUCUCUCAAGUCCGUUAGAAACUUCGUUUCAGAGUUCGAGUCUCUCAACUUACCUCUCAAUCUCCUCAUAAACAACGCUGGCAAGUUUGCACACGAGCAUGCAAUAUCUGAAGAUGGAAUCGAGAUGACCUUUGCCACUAAUUAUCUAGGUCAUUUUCUACUGACUAAACUCUUACUAAAGAAGAUGAUUGAAACUGCAAAAGAGACGGGCGUUCAAGGCCGAAUAGUGAAUGUAUCAUCCAGCAUCCACACUUGGUUCGCCGGCGAUAUGAUCCGAUAUCUCGCACAGAUAUCGCGAAACAAAAGUCAUUACGAUGCGACACGUGCUUAUGCUCUCUCGAAGCUCGCUAACGUUUUGCACACCAAGGAGCUUGCUCAGAGACUCAAGCAAAUGGAUGCCAACGUGACUGUGAAUUGUGUUCAUCCUGGGAUCGUGAGAACCCGUCUCACUAGAGAACGAGAAGGCUUUCUCACAGAUCUUGUAUUCUUCUUGACCUCAAAGCUUUUGAAGACCAUUCCUCAGGCUGCUGCUACGACCUGUUAUGUUUCUGUUCAUCCGAGACUUGAAGAUGUUUCUGGAAAGUAUUUUGCGGAUUGCAACGAAGCUUGGACGUCAAAAUUGGGAUCCAACUCAAAUGAAGCUGCAAGAUUAUGGGCCAUCUCUGAACUUUUGGUUUCUACAGACCCUAAAGAAGUCCUUGAUAUCAACGCAAAGCCUUGGAUUUAAAAAGACAUUUAAAUUUAGAAACUACGAGAGAGAAUGAAGUCUUAGUUGUACAUGAUCAAGGAAGGGAGAUCAGAAAUAUAUAUACUUAUAUAGUAUAGAUAAACACAAUGCAUACAAAUAUUUAGAUGAGUAUAAUUAGUAAUGAAGAUAAGAGAUAAUUAAUUAAUUAGAUAAACAGCUUAAAAAUAUAGGUGGUUUG